AAUAUGUACGAGCCAGUGACGAGUAGGAUUUCUCCUAUCCGACAUACCAAAUUUGGUAGAAACAGUAUUUCACAGGCUGCCUUUAUUACGUUGCCACGUAGCAGUGUUUGAAUGAUGUGGCUAUUUGGUUUGCUCUUGAUGCUCUCUUGUCCAGUUUUCGGAUUAGGUGAUACUGAAAUCGAGAAACACCAUUUAGGUAUGAACAUAAAACCUGAGGAAAUUCACUCCCAAUUAAAAUCAGGAAAUGAACAACCAGUCUUUGGCAUUUCAAAUUCCAUUAUUAGUAAGACAGGGUCUUUUAAAAGUGAGGAUUCAACAUCUACAAAUUUUGAGACUCCUGAGGGAACUUUCUCUGAAAAAUCUUCUCUUAGAUUCCUUGCAUCUGAUAGUUCUAUUGCAAGUAUUAAGCCUAAAGACCACUCUCUAUCAAGCACACCCAAACUCGGAAGACUAGAAAGACAAAUCAUGAGAGAUAUAGAAGACAGGCCAUUGAGGAUAACUGGAGAAAUGGUUGAUAUUAGUAAAUGAGAACAUGAUUGCAAUAAUAACGGGGUUUGUCAACAGCAUUUCGUCAAAACUUUAGUGUCCCAAAAUCCAGAUACUUUCUCUUACGAGCCGAACUACUCAUGCGUCUGCAAAGCCAAUUUCAAGGGGGAUCACUGUAAUAUCUGUGUCAAAGAUUUCUUUGGAGCAAAGUGAUACCCUUGCCCAAUCAAUCCUCUGGAUAAUGUAGUUUGUGGAAAAGAAGGAAUUUGUGAUGAUGGUCUUACAGGAACUGGUCGAUGUGCUUGAUAUAAUACAAACAAAGAUCCAGAUGCCUUCUGUAGCUCAGCUGGAGCUCACUCAGAGCAUCUUGAAGAGGAAAUUAUUACUGUUGGAUUUAUCAUUCUUGUUCUUAUAGCAUUGUGUUGCACCUUGUUGUUGUAUUUGUAUCAUAGACAUCAAUCAUUGCAUAUUUUCCCAGAUUCAGCAGUAGCCAUUCUAUUUGGAAUCAUGGUGGGGGCUGUUAUAAAGUACUACUAUCAGAGCAAUCACUUGAUGAGAAUUUUGCAGUUUGAGCCACACACAUUUUUCCUAUUCUUGCUUCCAACUAUUAUGUAUCAGGCUGGUUUUUCAUUAAAGGCAAAGAUAUUUUUCAAAAGUUUUUGGACGAUUUUAUCCUUUGCAAUUUUCGGAACUUUGAUUGCAUCCAUAAUAUUCACAAUGAUAUUCUACUAUGGAAGUACUUUCACUUCAACUCCUUUCUUCUUCAUCGAGUCUUUGCAGUUCGGAACUUUUAUCUCAGCCAUAGAUCCUGUUGCAACUAUCUCUAUAUUCAAAUCCUUGAGGGUUUCAGAAAAGCUAUACAUGGUGGUUUUUGGAGAAAGUGCACUCAAUGACGCUGUCUCCAUCGCUCUCGCACAAUCUGCUGAAGAAGUCGGGUUGAAGAUGGAGCAGGGGGAAGUUGUAAACUACUUGCAAAUAACUGGUGAAGGACUCGUACACUUUGCAAUUUACUUCUUUGGUUCAAUUUUGGUUGGCGCUAUCUGAGGCAUCAUAGUCUCCUAUAUUUUUGCUAAAUUUGAUUUCCAUGUAGUUCCUUGGAUUGAAAUAGGACUCUUCAUGAUUCUGAGCUACCUUCCUUACGUAUUUAGUGAAGGAGUUUAUCUUUCAGGAAUUCUUGCUAUUUUCAUCUCCGCCAUUUUUAUGAGAAACUACGCAUUUCACUCACUAAGUCCCAUAGGACAGGUAACGGUGGAGAGUAUGAUCGAAAUGGCUUGUAACAUCUCUGAAAGUUUCGUAUUUGCUUACAUGGGUCUCUCGGUCCCUCUAACUAUUCACAACGUCAAUUUUGAGCUGGUUGGAAUUGGAGUGAUUGCUCUUUUGGUUUCAAGAACUGUCUCUGUAUUCUUCACUUGAUAUUUUGUCAACCUAUUUAAAGAAGACAAGAUGCCGUUCAGCUUCCAAAUGAUAAUGUCAUACUCAGGUUUGAGAGGAGCUGUUGCUUUCUACCUUGCAUUAAACGUGAACUCUGAAUUUAAAGAUAUGAUUAUUGCCAUUACUAUCAGCUUGAUUAUCAUAACAAUUGUGUUCCUUGGUGGCACAACUACUUGUCUUUUGAAAGCAAUGGCCAAAUAUUUCCCUGAAGAUGGAAUCUUUCACAGUGAUGAUGCCGAAGACAUGCUUCUGAGAAGAGAAGAAAGACACUCAGGCAUGAGCGAAAGUUUAUACGAAAAAGAAAGAGUGAGCGGAGUAAGUCAAGAUAAUGCUGGCGGUCUUGCUACUGGCCUCGAGAAGCUCAAUAAAAGCAUGGGAAAAUUCCUUAAAAAAGACAAAUGGGAUAAUUUUGAUGACGAUGACGAGCCUGAUUUCCAUGAUAAGUAUGAUUACCAAAACGAUAGCUUCUCUCCAGACCAAAAGGAUGAUCCUUAUGGUGGGCUAUCUAAUUAUCAGAAGAGUAUUUCUAAAUAUUUAAAUGAUGCCCACGUACAUCUUGGAUAUCAAGAUAAAAAGAGUGUUCGACUUAGUCUAAGAAGUGAAGCUAGAAAUAGAAAUCCUAAUGGAAGACACUCUAUCAUGAGAAAGAGCUACAGGAGACAAGAAGGAGCAGAUGAUCCUUAUGCUCUUAGGUUCAAUUCAAGUAGAAGAAUGCAAGCUCAGAGGUCCUACUUCCUCCCUCAGACGAGAGAACAAUUAGGAGAGCUAGGGCCGUCUAAUCAGAAUGAAUUAUUAAGACCGAAUAGAGGAUUUAGCGACCCUGAAAGACAAGGAAACAAUAGAAUGAACGCUAACAUUAGAAUUGGAGCUCUUGAGGAUAUUACCUCAAAAGGAAGCCAUUCAGAUUCAAAGGCGGCUUCAAACCAGAGAUCUAACAAAGAUCAGAACAAUCCAAUAGAAGAAGACCAAUCAAGGAUUCAAUCAUUUAAAGAAGCUGAAAAUCCUACAGAAGAAAGGAAGGCUUCGCGUCAAGAUUCUAAAAAGAGAGUCAAUUUUGCAGAUGAGCCCACUCAUUUUGUUGAAGAAGGGUUUAUUAGUAGGGAGCAAGUUGAUAGCAAGGAGCCAAUGAAUAAUCAAAAGUCUGAACAGAACCCUUUCAAACAGGAAGAUGAAGAUAAGGAUGGCAAAAAAGACAAAAAUAAUAAUCAGGAAGACGCUGACGAUCAAAAUAAUAAAUAA